CCGGGUUUGUUGUUGUUUACGCCUCUCGGAAGACGCUGCUCGCUCCCUCUUAGACGCCUCUUUUCAGUAGUUGAAGCUAUUUAAAAUUCUUCAGCAAUGUCUAAAGUGUCUGGUGUUGCAGCUGUCCUCUGAUAUGCAACCAUCCUUAUUUGGGAAGAUUAUCAGUAAUUGAGGCAAAGUAUGGAAUCCGCUGAGUCCAAUAUUCGGAUACCUGGCGUUCUCAUGCCUUCCUAUCUCAGAUUGACCAGCACGGAGGAAGGGAAAUCCGCCAUGAAAAGAAUUCGCCUAGAAUGUGGGGUCUGCAAAGCAACCAGAUUUUACUCAAUACACAGAGGAAUCACUCGCAUAGCCGGUGUCGUUGCCUGUGAGGCUUGUCGGCAGUUCUAUCAGCGCUUCAAGAAACAGCCAUGGGUUCUAAAUUGCAAUAAAGGAGGAAGGUGCUAUGAGAUGGAUGAAACUCCAAAAAGCAAGUGCAAAGCCUGCUGGGUUGCCCAUAUUAUAUGUCGCUGUCCUGUGCCAAUGGGACUGUACAAUCAUCUCGUGGGUUAUCUUCCAACUGAACUUAAGAGCAAAAUGGCAGGGCGACCACCCACCUCUGAUGAAGUCCCAGAGAAGGAGCGAGGAGGCCUGGGGCUGGAAAUCUACAAAGACAACGACUGGGUUGAUGUCACGGACAAGGAGGAGGUGGAGUCCCUGUUGCGAACGGAAGAAGGAAAUGAGACAGAUGAGACAAACGAGCCGGAGAUGGAUGUUGAGAUUGAGAUAGAAGAUAUGGUUGAUGAGUCUGGGAUACCAGAAGAGAGUUCUCCCCCUAAACCCCCUAAUGGCAAAAACAACCGUCAACGGCAGAAAAGGGGGAAGAAAAGUGAGAAAUCGGAAAGUGACCCAGACGACAGACCCACUGGAGAUGAACCAAAAGGUGGAGAAAUGGUAAUGGCAAGUCUUAUAGAGGGUCUCCAAGUAAAUAACCAGUUUAAAUUUAUGGAAAAUUUCAACCCUAAAACCAGUGAACGAGUUAGGCGCAAGAAGAAGAAGGUUCAGUACUUCAGCAGCUCAGGACGCAAUAAGAAUCAGAUGCAGCAGGCCUAUCAUGGACCAGAUGGCCGCUUACUGAGCUCCGGGAAGGACUUGUGCGACUGCCUUCAACCCAGCUGCCCAGGUUGUCAUUAUCCGUGUCCCAAGUGCAACUCAGGCAAAUGUGGGAACGAGUGCAGAAUCAAUAGGAAAUGGUUUUACGAAAAAGUGGAAGUAGAAGGAACUCAAAUCUCAUGGACGAAUGAAUAUGUUAAGAAGAAUUAAUGUUUGUAAAUUGAUUACAGGCAUUUGACCUUUUUUUUUUUUCUUUCUUUCUCUUUUUUUUUUAUAAAUUACUAUAUUUGUUCAAGUCAAGCAUGUUUUUGUUUAUGAGGUCAUUUUAUGAUACCAGAAUGUACCUGCAUCAGAAACUCAUUUGCAUAAUCAAUGAAUAUUUGAGUUGUUCAAGGCAAAGCAGCAUUUGCACUUCUUUUUUUUCCCAAUUUAUACAUUUUAUAAGUAUGUGUACCAGGACCAUCAUAGUAUGAAACUUAUAUAGGUUUGAAAUAAAUUCAGCUUCUUUCUGUUUAUGUAAAAGGUAAGAAGGAUUACUUUUUCUGUGCUGUGAAAAGAUAAUAAAAUGAGUCUUAUCUAG